GAGCAGCCACAACCAUGGCUGGAGGCAAAGCUGGAAAGGACAGUGGGAAGGCCAAGGCGAAGGCAGUGCCUCGCUCCCAGAGGGCCGGGCUGCAGUUUCCUGUGGGCCACAUCCACAGACACUUGAAAACAUACACCACAAGCUAUGGAAGAGUCGGCGCCACAGCCACGGUGCACAGCACAGCCAUCCUGGAGAACCUCACUGCCCAGGUACUCGAGUGGGCAGGAAACACUUCCAAGGACCUCAAAGUACAGCGGCUCACUCUGCGCCGCUGGCAGCUCGCCAUCCAUGGUGAUGAGGAGCUGGAUUCUCUCAUCAAGGCUACCAUAGCCGGUGGUGGUAUGGUUCCUCACAUCCACAAGUCUCUGAUCAGGAAGAAGGGGCAGCAGAAGACCGCUAGGCUGUUUCCGCGACUCUCCAUCCUGGCAUCAUGCUCUUGCUGGAACGGAAGAUGA